ACGCUCCGCCAUACGACCGUGCUCGUAACCCUAACCGGUUCCUUAACCGGGCAACGUUUAGUCAACAAAUACACGUCUUCCUUCUAUAUAUAAUCUGCAACAACAAAUUCCCUCCUGUAAAUGAAGCAGCAAUGUUGUUUCUCUCACCAUCCCAGACCCAGCUGAUUGCUAUAGGAUUCAUCGUUUCAAUCCUCCUCCUUCCACUUCCCCUGGAUCGGCCUGCAGAGUCCUCGACGUCAAAAAACGCCGAAUCUUUGCGGGACCAGGGAUUUAAACUUCAGGAAUUGGUGAAAGGCCGCUACAUCGUAAGGUUCAAGCAGUACAGGCAUGGCCAAGAGCAUAAGCUGGCCAUGGAGGAGCAGCUCGGGGCUUAUGAUGGUUGGAAAUGGAUCGAGCGCAACAAUGCCGCGUCCGCUUAUCCCACAGACUUUGGCCUGCUGGAAUUAGAGGAUGACCAUGGCUUAAUCGAGGAAAUUAGGAAAUUAGGGUUCGUUAAGGAUGUUUCCGCAGAGGCUCGUUAUUCGCGUGGAUUGUUGUUCGAUGAAGGAAAAAAUCGUGGAGCCGGUCACGAUAAUGCUGCAGGGUUUGGAGAGAAUAAGCGCCCAGGGAAAUUAUUUACGGCCAUGUCGUAUGAAGGCGUCAGUAAUGGCUCGUAUGGUUGGGGUCGGCAGCUACUUAUACAGCGUUCACAAAUCACUUCAAUGUUUGGAGCUGACAAGCUAUGGGCUAAAGGAUUUACAGGUUCAAAAAUAAAGAUGGCAAUAUUUGAUACUGGAAUAAGAGCUGACCAUCCACACUUUCGAAACAUCAAGGAGCGUACAAACUGGACGAAUGAGGACAGUUUAAAUGAUAAUCUUGGACAUGGAACUUUUGUCGCAGGGGUGAUUGCGAGCCAAGAUAUGGAGUGCCUUGGAUUUUCUCCAGAUUCUGAAAUCUAUGCGUUUCGUGUGUUUACUGAUGCACAGGUUUCAUACACGUCUUGGUUUCUGGAUGCUUUUAACUAUGCAAUUGCAACUGGUAUAAAUGUGCUGAACCUGAGCAUUGGAGGGCCGGAUUACUUGGAUCGUCCGUUUGUGGAGAAGGUUUGGGAAAUAACUGCAAAUAAGAUUAUCAUGGUAUCAGCUAUUGGAAAUGAUGGUCCUCUUUAUGGUACACUCAAUAAUCCAGCAGACCAAAAUGAUGUUAUUGGGGUUGGUGGGAUCGAUUAUGAUGACCAUAUUGCUUCAUUUUCAUCUCGUGGCAUGAGUACAUGGGAGAUUCCUCACGGGUAUGGACGUGUCAAACCAGAUGUUGUUGCAUAUGGAAGAGAUAUAAUGGGUUCAAAAACUAGUACUGGCUGCAAAAGUCUUUCAGGAACAAGCGUUGCAAGUCCGGUAGUUGCUGGUGUAGUCUGUUUGCUGGCCAGUGUGAUUCCUGAGAAUAUUCGCUGGGACAUAUUGAACCCAGCAAGUAUGAAACAAGCACUAGUUGAAGGUGCUGCAAAACUUGGUGGGCCAAAUAUUUUUGAGCAGGGUGCUGGUCGACUUGAUUUGCUUGAAUCAUAUGAAAUUCUUCUCAAGUACAGGCCUCGGGCAAGCAUUCUUCCAAGUAUUCUUGAUUUUACAGAUUGUCCUUAUGCAUGGCCUUUUUGUCGUCAACCAUUAUAUGCAGGUGCAAUGCCUGUUAUGUUUAAUGCAACUAUUUUGAAUGGUAUGGGAGUGACUGGGCAUGUUGAGAGUGAACCGAUAUGGCAUCCCUUCAACGAGGUUGGGAAUCUACUCAAUAUUCACUUCACCUAUUCUGAUGUUAUUUGGCCAUGGACUGGUUACUUGGCUUUGCAUAUGCAAAUCAAGGAUGAGGGGGCUCAAUUUUCAGGACUUAUAGAAGGGAAUGUAACAUUCACAGUAGUUUCACCUCCUGCAAAAGGGGAGACCACUCCUCGGAGAAGCAUUUGCAUACUUUUUUUAAAAUUGCAAGUUAUUCCGACUCCACCUCGUUCUCAACGGAUUCUGUGGGAUCAAUUUCAUAGUAUUAAAUAUCCUCCUGGAUAUAUACCUCGAGACUCACUAGAUGUGAAAAAUGAUAUUCUUGAUUGGCACGGCGACCACCCACAUACAAAUUUUCAUGGGAUGUUUGAUAUGUUGAGGGAUGCUGGAUACUACAUGGAAAUUUUGGGGUCCCCAUUGACAUGUUUUGAUGCCAGCCAGUAUGGUACACUCCUAAUGGUAGAUCUUGAGGAUGAAUUUUUCAAAGAAGAGAUUAGUAAACUGGAGAAUGAUGUAAAGAUUCAUGGUUUGGGGUUGCUUGUAUUUGGAGAUUGGUAUAAUGUGGAGACUAUGACGAAGAUGAGAUUUUUUGACGACAAUACUCGUAGUUGGUGGACUCCGGCUACUGGUGGUGCCAAUAUUCCUGCACUAAAUGACCUACUCAAACCUUUUGGUAUAGCAUUUGGGGACACUAUCCUGAAUGGUGCAUUCUUCUUAGGAGGAGAAAGAAGUCACUAUGCUUCUGGCACAGAUAUUGCAGAGUUCCCAGCAGGUGGUUUCCUUCAUAAUUUCUCAUUUCAAGAAAAUUUUGAUGGUAGCACCACACAGAAUGUAGUGCAGGCAUCUGGUCUAGCCAAAGUAGAAUCUUCUGUUCUUGGAGUUUUAGAAGUGGGUGGUGGAACUGGUCGUAUUGCAGUAUAUGGAGAUUCAAAUUGUUUGGAUAGUAGCCAUAUGGUGGUUAAUUGCUACUGGCUUCUUAGAAAGCUUCUAGAUUUCACCAGUCAAAAUAUUAGAGAUCCCAGGAUAUUCCCAGCAUCAAACAGAUUGGCUUCUCCACUGAUUAGGAAUGAUGGUUCUUUUCCAGCCCGGCGAGAAGAUGUUAAUCUUUCAUCAUAUUCUUUGGUGAUGAAUCACAAUCUAAUGUGUGGGAAUGAUGCUCGUUUUGAGGUGUGGGGAGCAAAGGGUUAUAAUGCAGAGACUUGGAGGAAUGGAGAACUCCCAGGGAUUCCUAGUCCUUUCAUAAUACGACAGCCAAUGAGAAGCAAUCCUGAUACAUCUCAAAGCAUUAUUGGUGCAAGGCCUGCCAUUGGAAAUUCAGAAACAAAUGUAACAGCUGAAAGGGAAACUUAUCACUCUAAGGAAUAUUCCUUUAAUGCAACCAAAGAUGGUUUUGGUAUUGACAAAAAUCAAGGUUUAGAACAAGUUGGGAAUCAUUCAUUGAAAAUUCCUCUGUCAAAAAGAAAUGUCUCAAUAAACAUCUCAAGCAGAAGACAACGUGCAAAGAUGGACCUUCUUGGGUGGCUCAACAGGGAUGAGCUUGAUGUACCAACCUUGGUUGCAUUUCAGUGGCUUGUCCCAGUUCUUCUCUGUAUUACUGGGUUUCUUCUUGGUUUGAGCUUCUGGCGAAUGAGGCAAAGGCGACGCAGAAGAGCACGGAAUCGAACGGCGCGUCCCAUUGCUGUUUAAUAGUUCGAUACAAUUUAUAACAGUUGACACCAAAGUAUGCAGUGUUUAGCUAUUGGUGCAGCAAAAUGGAAGUCUUCAUGGCCUUGCAGUUGUUUGCUAGAAAUGAUCUUUGAUUUAAAUGCUGUAUAUUAGUUUCAUAUUUUGUAUGAGAUGAGGAACUUAGAUACCAACGAGUAUGACAAGGAAACGUCAGCUAGAGGUGCAUGGAGGCGACCGUAAAGAACUAUUUUGUGAAUACAGCAAUUCAGUAGCAUGACUUUUUAAUGUAAUUAUAGAAAUUUUGUCAACGUAACUUGGAAGGAGACUCAGAUGGCUUUCAAAUAUUACUUUGAUGUGGCUGCCGGGUGUCUCCUCUGGUUUUGCACUAUGCCUUGUCUUGGUUGUGGGUCUGUACCAAACAGUGAGAGGAUCUGGUUCAGCCUGCAAAAUGGCAGGAAAGUAAGUGAGAUGGUGCUUUCUCUGUAUCAUAGUCAAAUGGUUGAUGAAAGGCAACCCCAACGUAUGUUUUGAAUAAUUAAUUCUCAGUUGUCAAUCAA